AGACAACCUUCAUUUGUUAUCGGUUUUAUUUAAUAAUUUAUUAUUUAAUUUCCAUUUUUCCUUUCCCAUUGUUUCCGCGUUUAUCAUCUCAUCGCCUUCCAAUCUCUUCAUUCAUCAAGCAUAGCAUACUUUAAUUUCUCUGCAACUCGUUGUUCUCUUUCUCUCUGAAUUUGUUGAAUAUAUAUAUAUAUCUCAAAAGGCGAGACAGAGAGAAAGAAAGAAGAGAGAGGGGCCACACACAACACAACAAAGCCACACCAAAUAAUUCACUUUCCUUUCAAACUUUCUCUCUCUCAUUCUCAUCAUCACCGUUCAGAUCUCAGUGGAUUUGGCAUUUGCAGCAGGUGUUUGUCGAAAAAGGAGCAUUUAGCUAUGUCUAGCACUGCAAAAGUUUUGGAUCCUGCAUUCCAAGGAGUGGGUCAGAGAGUAGGAACUGAAAUAUGGAGGAUUGAGAAUUUUCAGCCGGUUCCAUUGCCCAAAUCUGAAUAUGGGAAGUUCUACACAGGAGAUUCAUAUAUCAUCUUGCAGACAACACAAGGCAAAGGAGGUACCUAUUUUUAUGAUUUACACUUCUGGAUUGGAAAGGAUACGAGUCAGGAUGAGGCCGGAACAGCAGCGAUUAAAGCUGUUGAACUUGAUGCAGCUCUUGGAGGACGAGCAGUUCAGCACAGAGAGAUUCAAGGACAUGAAUCUGACAAAUUUUUGUCAUAUUUUAAGCCAUGUAUUAUACCAUUAGAGGGGGGUAUUGCAUCAGGAUUUAGAAAACCUGAAGAGGAGGAGUUUGAAACACAUUUGUAUGUAUGCAAAGGGAAAAGAGUAGUUAGAUUGAAACAGGUCCCGUUUGCAAGGUCUUCAUUGAACCAUGAUGAUGUGUUCAUUCUUGACACCCAGAAUAAGAUUUAUCAAUUCAACGGUGCAAAUUCCAAUAUUCAGGAAAGAGCCAAGGCUUUGGAAGUUGUACAGUUUCUGAAAGAAAAAUAUCAUGAAGGGAAAUGUGAUGUUGCAAUUGUUGAUGAUGGAAAGUUAGACACUGAGUCAGAUUCAGGAGAAUUUUGGGUCCUCUUUGGUGGUUUUGCUCCCAUUUCAAAAAAGGUAAUCAGUGAGGAUGAUAUCAUCCCAGAGGAAAUUCCUGCUCAGCUGUAUAGUAUCAUUGAUGGUGAGGUCAAGUCUGAGGAAGGUGAACUAUCUAAGUCACUGCUGGAGAACAACAAAUGCUAUUUACUAGACUGUGGCACUGAGGUAUUUAUCUGGUUUGGCCGGGUAACACCAGUGGAAGAACGAAAAGCAGCUUGCCAAGCAGCUGAUGAGUUUGUUUCAAGCCAAAAUAGGCCAAAAUCUACAAGGAUAACAAGGAUUAUUCAAGGUUAUGAGACACGUUCAUUUAAGUCAAACUUUGAUUCUUGGCCAUCAGGAUCUGCUGGUACUUCUGCUGAGGAAGGAAAAGGAAAAGUUGCAGCAUUGCUUAAGCAAAAAGGGAUGGGUGUCAAAGGAAUGACAAAAAGUACCCCUGCAAAUGAUGAAAUUCCACCAUUGCUUGAAAUAGGAGGAAAGAUGGAGGUAUGGCGAAUAAAUGGAAGUGAUAAGACCUCAUUGCCAAAUGAGGAGAUUGGUAAAUUUCAUAUUGGAGAUUGUUACAUUGUACUGUACACAUACCAUUCUGGUGAGAGGAAAGAAGAUUACUUCUUGUGCUGCUGGUUUGGCAAAGACAGCGUUGAGGAGGACCAAACAAUGGCUACUCGAUUGGCUAAUACGAUGUCCAAUUCUUUGAAGGGCAGACCUGUUCAGGGUCGCAUAUUCGAAGGUAAAGAGUCACCACAAUUUGUUGCUCUUUUCCAACCUAUGAUAGUCCUUAAGGGAGGUUUGAGCUCUGGAUACAAAAAACUUCUAGCAGACAAAGGUUUAUCAGAUGAGACAUACACCGCAGAAUCUAUUGCGCUUAUUCGAAUUUCUGGAACCUCCACCCAUAGCAAUAAGGCAGUGCAAGUUGAUUCAGUACCAUCGUCAUUGAAUUCUACUGAAUGUUUUAUCCUGCAAUUUGGCUCUACAAAUUUCGCUUGGCAUGGGAAUCAUUGUUCGGUUGCACAGCAGCAGCUAGCAGCAAAGAUUGCAGAAUAUCUAAGGCCAGGAGUUCCUUUAAAGCAUGUUAAAGAAGGUACAGAAAGCUCAUCUUUCUGGAUGGCAAUAGGAGGAAAACAAAGUUACACCAGCAAGAAAGUUACUAAUGAGGUUGUUAGAGAUCCACACUUGUUCACGUUCUCAUUUUAUAAAGGAAAGUUGCACGUAGAGGAGGUUUACAACUUCUCCCAAGAUGAUUUAUUAACAGAGGAUAUCCUCUUACUCGACACACAUGCAGAAGUGUUUGUUUGGAUUGGUCAGUGUGUUGACCCAACAGAAAAGCAAAAUGCUUUUGAAAUUGGUCAGAAAUACGUAGAUAUGGCUGCAUCUCUGGAGGGGUUAUCUCCAUGUGUACCAUUAUAUAAAGUAACAGAAGGGAAUGAACCUUGCUUUUUCACAACAUACUUUUCGUGGGAUCAUGCAAAAGCUACGGUUCAUGGAAACUCAUUCCAGAAAAAGGCGUCGCUACUCUUUGGGAUUGGCCAUGCUAUGGAGGAAAAAUCAAAUGGGUCAAGUGGAGGGGGACCAAGACAAAGGGCAGAAGCUUUGGCUGCUUUAACUUCUGCUUUUAGCUCAUCAUCUGAGAAAGCACAGAGUAUGUCACAGGAGAGAUUGAAUGGAUUGAACCAAGGAGGACCAAGACAAAGAGCAGAAGCUUUAGCAGCUUUAAACUCUGCAUUUAGUUCUUCAUCAAUGACAAAGAAAGUUACUCCUAGGCCUUCUGCAAAAGGUCAAGGAUCACAAAGAGCAGCAGCUGUAGCUGCUCUUUCGUCAGUUCUUACUGCUGAGAAGAAGAAACAUUCACCCGAUGACUCUCCUGUGGCUAGUCACAGUCCUGUCCUGGAGAGUAGCAUUUCUGAAGCUAAAAGUGGAACUGAAUAUUCUGAAGUUGAUGAAGCUGCAGAAGCCAAGGAAAUGGAAGAAGCUUCCCCUGAAGCUGGAAGUAAUGGGGAUCUGGAAUCUAAACAAGAAAAUGUGGAGGAUGGAAAUAAUAGUAAAAAAACAUUCAGUUAUGAUCAAUUAAAGAACACAUCUCGCAAAAAUAUCUCCGGAAUUGAUCUUAAUCGGAGAGAGGCCUAUCUGUCAGACGAAGAAUUCAAAACUGUAUUUGGAAUGGUAAAAGAAGAAUUUUAUAAAUUGCCGAGAUGGAAGCAAGACUUGCUGAAAAAGAAAUUUGAAUUGUUCUAGACUUCACAUAAUGAGUGACAUAUCUGCUUCUUUAGCUAAAUACCUUUCCUUGGUUAUCUUGAAAUGCACUUAUCUGUUGGAUAGUGUGUUUUUUCUGGUAAACCACAUGGAUGCAUAUGCAUAGCUUUUUUGCUUUAGGCUAUUAUUAACUAUGUCGGACGUAUAGCUGUGGUUAGUGUCAAAGUUUGAAUGUGACGCUGCAUGGAGAGUGAUUUUAGUUUCUCCUUUUAAUUGUUGCUGCCUCUUUGAAUGUUUGCAUAUUGUUGUAGCAACGAAGACACUAGAAACUGGUGUCAGGUCCAAAUUCUUUCAUUUUGUAAGUUUGUAUUUUAGUUUUAUCUUUUUAUUGGUUAGAAAGAUGGUUGUAUAUCUUUUGCAUUUUAUUUUAUACUUGAAUUAAAAUGUAAUGACAAGCCGUAAAAAAGUUUGUUUGUUAUUUUUACUUAUGUAGAUUAUGUUAUUUAAUAGCCGCAAA